CAUCCUUCAUUGACCAAAGUAUGCGAGAUGCCAAUACUAUUCGCUGAAUAGUAUUAGUAUACUCAUACUGGCAGCAGUUGCUUAUUAUGCGUUGUUGCACUUUUUUAGUUAUUACUGUUAUUAGUCACUACUCACUAUAAUCGCUCGGUAGGACCGUUACUCGAUUACUGCAUUACUGUCUAUAUAGUCGUAGACCGUAGCUACGUAUUGACGUAGUCGACGUUCUUCGGAGUAGAUUAGAUGAACUGUAAGACUUCAUCGUCCUCAAUCGUUUAUACUUAUAUUUUUCUAUCUUUUGAAGUGCAUUAAAAAUUAACUAAAACCCGCGCCAUGAGUUUAAAUUUAUUUAUUUUUAUUCAAUAUUCACAUAGUUUGUCUGUCAGUAAUACUUUUUAAAAAAAAGUUUUGUAAUGGAACCUGUAAUUAAUUGGAAUCCACGAGAAGUGUCCAUUUGGCUGGAGAAAAAGGGUCAUAGUAAAUAUUCUCGGAUACUUACUGAAGAUCAUUGCAUUGAUGGUCGUGCUCUUUUACUUAUCAAUGAAUCUGACUUAAAAAGUCCACCUAUAAGUAUUAAUGUCUUAGGUGAUAUAAAAAGAUUAAUGUUGGAUAUUCGUCAGCUUAAAGUUGAAAAUCGACAAUCACUUUUACAACUUGGAUUUGAUCCUAUAUCACUACUUACAAAACCUGUAUGCAGUGCACAUGUUUAUGGAACUCAAUUUCGACCAGAUCCAUUCAAUUUUUAUGAUGAUAUACAUAUGAAUCAUGGAUCUGAUGUAACUGCUACGUCUUCCCACAGUUCAGAAUUUGAAGAAGACAGACGACUAAAACCCGAGAUAUGGAAAGCUCUCAUUGCGAUGGGCUACCUGUUCACUGUAACGUGGAUCACGGCGUUCGUUAUGGUGAUCGUCCACGAUCGAGUGCCUGACAUGAAGAAAUAUCCCCCAUUGCCAGACAUAUUCCUCGACAAUGUACCUUACAUCCCUUGGGCGUUUCAUAUGUGUGAACUGACAGGAACCGUGUUGUGUUUCGUAUGGCUCGCCGUACUGGUCUUCCACAAGCAUCGUUUCAUAUUACUGAGACGGUUUUUUGCUCUUUCGGGCACAGUCUUCCUGUUACGGUGCAUCACGAUGAUCAUAACUUCCUUAUCCGUUCCGGGAAUACAUCUGGAAUGCACGCCACGGCAGAAACCAGCAUAUCUGGAUGAUGGAAAUUUUCUGGGUGAAAUGGUAUACAAAAUGCAACAAGCGUAUGUGAUAUGGAGAGGAGCCGGCAUGUCGAUACAAGGAGUUCGUACUUGUGGCGACUAUAUGUUCAGUGGUCAUACAGUGGCAUUAACCAUGUUAAACUUUUUCAUCACCGAAUACACUCCUCGCGACAUAUAUUUGUUACAUACGUUCAGCUGGCUCUUAAACAUGUUCGGUAUAUUUUUUAUACUUUCGGGUCAUGAACAUUACUCCAUUGAUGUAUUCAUUGCCUUUUACAUUACGUCAAGAUUAUUUCUAUACUACCAUACACUAGCUAAUAAUCAAGCAUUGAGCAACAACGUUGAUUCCUGUCGAACGCGAAUUUGGUUUCCAUUGUUUAGUUUCUUUGAAUCUUCAUGUAGUUGCAUGGUACCAAAUGAAUAUGAAUCGUUGACGGAAAUCGCGGAAAAUCUGGCAUGUUCGACUUACAACAAUUAUUUAGUCAUUAAAUCAGCCAUCAAAACUCAGAUUUUGCUAUUGCGAGCACUACCGUCCAACCAAACAGUACAAAUUGGUCCAACUUCUUUAGUUGGCGCACGUGCACUUAGGUCAAGAACACCAAUUGUUUUGAUUAAAAAAAAGGAUAAAUAAUUCAGAAUGCAAAUGUGAACGCACAUAUUAAUUUUUGCCUCGUUAUAAAUUCAAAAAGUUGAUUUUUAGACCGAUGCACAGAGUAUAUACUUAUAUUUAUAUUGAAUUAAAAAUAAUUAUUUUACAUUAAAUUUUGUGAUAUAAAUGUAAUAUUUGGAAGACUAUGAGCCAAAUUUAAUAUGAUUAUAUUUUAUUAUUAUUCA